GGUUGCCAGUAUAGUGCGUGUUCGUGGGGUGGUGGUGGCACCCACCGCUCCGGACAGGGUGCUUUUGGAAAUAUGUGUCGUGGUGGCCGCAUGUUUGCCCCCACAAAGACCUGGCGCCGGUGGCACCGCAGGGUUAACGUUAAUCAGAAGCGUUAUGCCAUCUGCUCUGCCCUGGCUGCCUCUGCUCUGCCUGCCCUGGUCAUGGCCAAAGGUCACCGCAUUGAGGAGAUUCCUGAGGUCCCACUUGUUGUUGAUGAUAAAGUUGAGGGAUACAAGAAGACUAAGGAGGCUGUGCUUCUGUUGAAGAAGCUUAAGGCAUGGAACGACAUCAAGAAGGUGAGCUACUGUCAAACUCUGACUGUGGGUGACGGAAGGCGUAUCCAGCGCAAGGGACCAUGCAUCAUCUACAACGAAGACAACGGUGUGACACGAGCUUUCAGAAACAUCCCUGGCAUCACACUGCAGUCUGUGAGCAGACUGGACUUGUUGAAGCUUGCUCCAGGUGGACACAUUGGACGCUUUUGCAUUUGGACUGAGGGUGCAUUCCGCAAACUGGAUGACCUCUAUGGCACCUGGCGCAAAGCUUCCUCCCUUAAAGUUGACUACAACUUGCCCAUGCACAAAAUGAACAAUACAGAUCUGCACAGAAUCCUGAAGAGCGAGGAGGUCCAGAAGGCACUUCGUCCUGCUAAACACAAGAUUCAUCGUAGAGUGCUCAAGAAGAACCCUCUGAAGAACCUGAGAGUGAUGAUGAAGCUCAACCCAUAUGCCAAGUCAGCCCGUCGCCGUGCUAUCCUGGCACACAAACCUGAAAUCAAGGCCAAGAUGCUAAAACCGAAGAAGAAGAAGGUUGUGAAGAAAACCAAGGCCAAGAAGCCUGCAGCUGCUCCUGCUCCAGCUCAAGCUUAGAGCUCAUGAACGGACUAUGGAGUUCACGAAUGAUUUUCAAAUAAAACAGCUGUUGAAAAUUCUGAUAAAUCUGUCCUUUUUAAUCAGCUGCAUACCACUUAAGCACUGCCACAUUCCAUCAGUUGUCAUCUGUUAAAUAAAUCUUUUAUUAUAAUAUA